AUGAAUGGAAUGAGUACAAAUCCGAGUUUUCCAAAGGAUUUCAUUUGGGCAACUGCCACAGCUGCCUAUCAGGUGGAAGGAGCAAACGAUGUGGACGGACGUGGAGUGUCCACGUGGGAUGUGAUACGUAAACAACCAGGAAGAAUUGCUGAUAAUUCAUCACCUUCUCAAAGUUGUGAUGCUUAUCAUCACUACAAAGAAGAUGUGAAAUUGCUGAAGGAUUUGCAUGUGACGCAUUAUCGCUUUUCAAUUUGCUGGACAAGAUUGCUUCCAAAUGGAACAAUUGACAAAAUCAAUGAACAAGGAGUAAAAUAUUACCGCGAUUUGAUAGAGGAACUGCAAAGGAAUGAAAUCGAACCAAUAGUAACACUAUUCCAUGCAGAUUGGCCAUACGAGCUGUACAAACAGAAAGGAUGGCUCAAUCCACAGUGUAUUCAAUGGUACUUGGACUUUUGUCGCUUAUGCUUCGAGCGUUUUGGAGAUUUGGUAAAGUACUGGAUCUCCUUCAAUGAAAUUCUGAUGCAUGCAUGGUGUGGUGUUGUAAAUAUUGAAGGUCAACCUCAUCAUUCACCUGAUACUGUAAACUACAGUAUACCAACCAGAAAAAUACCGUAUGUGGUUGCACACAAUAUGCUGAGAGCGCAUGCUAAAGCUUAUCGAAUGUACGAGAAGGAAUUCAAAAAUACCCAGAAAGGCAAAUUUGGAAUUAUUGUCGGUGGCCGCUGGUGCACAACCUUUUCCACAUCUGAGGCGGACAAGGCAGCAGUAAACCGAGCUCUCGACUGGAUGUUUAACUGGACUGUACAGCCGAUUUUCGGCAAAAAUGGAGAUUACCCUGCAUUGAUGAAAAAGGAGAUAGAAGCUCUAGAAAAGAAGGAAAACCAAGAAAUCCUUCCAAAAUUUAGCGCAGAAGAACUAAACGAGUUAAAAGGCUCUGCUGAUUUUCUUGGAAUUAACUACUAUGUAUCGAGUGAGGUAUGUCAAGGUAAUGGCCCAUCUCAAAUGGAAAAAGAUGCUCGCAUUGACUACUUGGAUGAUCGAUGGGAAAAAAUCUGCGGUGAGGAAUCUUGGUUGCGAUAUACACCUGAGGGCCUGCUUGAGUUGCUGGAAUACAUCAGAGAUCGUUACAAUAACAUUCCCGUGCUGAUCACUGAAAAUGGAUGCGCGGACAUUAUGGGAGAAAAGGCUCAAAAGUUUGACCCACUAUGUGAUCAUCACAGAAUUCGUUUUAUCAAGGCUCACAUGGAAGCUUGCAGAAUGGCUCUGCAAAGGGGAUGCAACGUUAUUGGAUUCACUGUCUGGUCAUUAAUGGAUAAUUUUGAGUGGAAUGACGGAUUUGCAGUGAGAUUCGGACUAUUCAGAGUUGAUUUCGACUCACCACAGAAGACACGCACUGUUAAGAACAGCGGAAAGUUUCUUAUGGAAUUUCUUGGUGGUCUCAAGGAAAGGAAAGAGGAUCAGUGUUCGAGAGAGUGAUCUUGUGUCGGCUUAGAACGCAUUCAGGACUUUACAUUUAGAAACUUCUUAAUUGACUGACUUCAUAUAAUUUAUUCAUACUCAGACG